CGGGCUCUGCUCAGCCCCGGAGAGGAGGACGAAAUGGAGGUGUUUGGGUACCGCAGUCAGAUGCUCCGGCGUGCCCUGUGUUUGAUAGCAUCCGUGUUGACCUGUGGGGUCCUUGCGCUGGUGUUCUACUGGAGGCCCCAGUGGAGAGUGUGGGCCUGCUGCACGCCCUGCUCCUUGCAGGAAGCAGACACGGUUUUGCUGAGGACAACGGAUGAAUUUCAACGAUAUAUGAGGAAGCCGGUGAUCUGCUUCAACUUAUCAACACUGAGCUUUCCGAUAAGCAAGAGCCCCGGAGAACUUGUGGUGGCCGACCCCCACUCUGUCAUCAACAAAGCGAUUUUGAAGCCAGAAUUAAAACUGCGAUGCGUCCAAGUGCAGAAAAUCCGCUAUGCUUGGGACAACGUGGAGAAGCAGUUUCAAAAAGUUGGGUUGUUGGAAGACAGCAACUCCUGCUACGACAUCCACCAGACGUUCGGAGUGGGUCUGAGCAGUGACGAGCAGGAGGUCAGAAGACUAGUGUGCGGACCCAAUGCCAUUGAAGUGGAAAUCCAGCCCGUAUGGAAGCUGCUUGUUAAACAGGUUUUAAAUCCGUUCUAUAUGUUCCAAGCCUUCACCCUAACUUUGUGGCUGAGUCAAGGUUACACAGAAUACUCCAUAGCCAUCAUCAUCUUGUCGGUUCUCUCCAUCAUCUUGAGUGUGUAUGAUCUGAGACAGCAAUCCGUUAAACUGCACAACCUUGUGGAGGAUCACAACAAAGUCCAGGUGACAAUCAGAGUGAAAGAUAAAGGUCUACAGGAGCUGGAAUCCCGUUUCUUGGUUCCUGGGGACACACUGAUUCUCCCAGGGAAAUUGUCAUUGCCAUGCGAUGCUAUUCUGAUGGAUGGAAGCUGUGUGGUGAAUGAGGGCAUGCUCACAGGAGAAAGUGUGCCCGUGACAAAGACGCCGUUGCCCCAGUCGGAGCACACCAUGCCCUGGAAAUCGCACAGCCUGGAGGACUACCGGAGACACGUGCUUUUCUGCGGAACGGAAGUCAUCCAGAUCAAGCCCUCUGGGCAGGGUCCUGUCCGAGCCAUUGUUUUGAAAACAGGUUACAAUACAGCCAAAGGUGACUUGGUGAGAUCCAUCCUGUACCCCCGACCUCUGAACUUCAAAUUAUACAGUGAUGCCUUUAAGUUCAUUGUGUUCCUGGCCUGUCUUGGUGUGGCUGGCUUCUUCUAUGCCCUUGGCGUAUACCUGCACUAUGGAGUCCCUUCCAGAGACACGGUGACCAUGGCCUUGCUGCUUCUCACCGUGACUGUCCCACCUGUGCUGCCAGCUGCUCUCACCACUGGCAUUGUGUAUGCACAGAAGAGGCUGAAGGGGAAGAAGAUCUUUUGCAUCUCUCCACAGAGAAUCAACAUGUGCGGGCAACUAAACCUCGUGUGCUUUGACAAAACUGGUACUCUUACGGAAGAUGGUUUGGACCUGUGGGGAGUAGUUCCUUCGGCCGGCAACUGUUUCCAAGAAGUCCACAGCUUUGCCUCAGGCUCACCUUUGCCCUGGGGCCCCCUGUGCGCCGCCAUGGCCAGCUGUCACUCUCUGAUCCUUCUGGAUGGGACCGUCCAGGGAGACCCGCUGGACCUCAAAAUGUUUGAAGGCACCAAUUGGAACAUGGAAGAUGGCAGUGCAGACAACCGCACAGUGGGGAUGCCGGAUUCAGGCGUAGUAAUAAAGCCAGGGCCAAGAGCCAGCCAGAGUCCCGUGGAGUCACUCCGCAUCCUGCUCCAGUUUCCGUUUUCCUCGAGCCUGCAGAGGAUGUCUGUGGUCGCCCGGCUGGCUGGGGAAGACGGCUUCCAUGCCUACAUGAAGGGUGCCCCGGAGAUGGUGGCCACCUUCUGCAGAUCUGAAACAGUGCCCAACCAUUUCUCCCAAGAGCUGAGGAAUUACACAAUGCAAGGUUUCCGUGUCAUUGCCCUUGCCCAUAAAGCCUUGAAGAUGGGGAGGCUUUCAGAAGUGGUGAAUGUCACCAGGGAAGAGGUGGAGUCUGAGUUAACAUUCCUGGGACUUCUGAUCAUGGAGAACCGUUUGAAAAAGGAAACCAAACCAGUCUUGAAGGAACUGAGCGAGGCCCACAUCAGGACUGUGAUGAUUACAGGUGAUAACCUUCAGACAGCCAUUACUGUUGCAAAGAAUUCUGGGAUGAUUCCUCGAGGAAGCCAAGUGAUCCUAGUUGAAGCAACUGAGCCCGAAGGAUCUUUACCUGCCUCUGUGUCCUGGCAGCUGGUAGAAAACCAAGAGAAGGGACCAGGGAAGAAGGAAAGCUACGUCAACAUUGGAAACAGCUCAGCACCUGAUGGGGAAGGAGGGAGCGGUUACCAUUUUGCAAUGAGUGGGAAAUCCUACCAAGUGUUAUUUCAGCAUUUCUGCACCUUGCUACCAAAAAUUCUGGUGAAUGGAACCAUUUUUGCAAGAAUGUCUCCUGGGCAGAAAUCAAGCCUUGUUGAAGAAUUUCAGAAAUUAAAUUAUUACGUGGGCAUGUGUGGAGACGGAGCUAAUGACUGUGGGGCUUUGAAAAUGGCUCAUGCGGGCAUCUCACUGUCAGAGCAGGAGGCAUCUGUGGCCUCACCUUUCACCUCAAAAACGGCCAACAUCGAGUGUGUGCCUCAUCUCAUAAAAGAAGGCCGAGCUGCUUUGGUUUCCUCCUUUGGGGUGUUUAAGUACUUGACCAUGUAUGGCAUAAUCCAGUUUAUUGGCACAUCACUGCUCUAUUGGCAACUGCAACUCUUUGGAAAUUACCAAUACCUCAUGCAAGAUGUUGCUAUUACGUUGAUGGUCUGCUUAACAAUGAGUUCAACACAUGCCUACCCUAAGUUGGCUCCUUACAGGCCGCCAGGACAGCUGCUCUCUCCCCCUUUGUUACUCUCGGUCAUUUUGAAUUCCUCUUUCACCAUCAUCGUGCAGCUGUGUGCAUUUCUCUUUGUGAAGCAGCAGCCCUGGUAUUUUGAGAUCUACAAAUACAGGGAGUGCUUUCUGGCCAACCAAACGAAAUUCUCAACAAACAUGACUUUGGAAAGAAACUGUACUGGAAAUGCCACUAUGCUUCCUGGCUCCAUUCUGAGUUUUGAGAGCACCACACUGUGGCCCAUCUGCACCAUCAACUGUAUCACUGUAGCAUUUAUCUUUUCUAAGGGAAAGCCAUUUCGAAAACCCAUCUACACGAACUACAUCUUCUCAUUUCUCCUUAUAUCAGCCUUGGGCCUGACAAUUUUCCUUUUCUUCUCUGAUUUUCAAGCUAUAUACCGUGGAAUGGAGUUCCUCCCAACCGUCACAUCAUGGAGGAUUUCCGUUUUCGUAGCUGCCCUUGUUCAAUUCUGUGUGGCCUUCUUUGUAGAGGACGCCAUCCUUCAAAACCGACAGCUCUGGCUAUUGAUCAAGAAAAAAUUUGGUUUCUAUUCUAAAAGCCAAUAUAGACACUGGCAGAGAAAGCUGGCAGAAGACUCCAUGUGGCCUCCCACAAACAGGACAGACUAUGCAGGAGAGGGCAAAAAUGGUUUCUACAUCAACCUAGCCUAUGAGAGCACUGAGCAGAUUCCAAAAGAAAAACGGGAACUCAGAGAUGAAACCACAGAACAGCAUUUCUUAACCAGACUCUAAUCAGAAUUGUGGACCUCCAUGCUUAUCAGCAUCACCAUUCUUCAGAGAAACGACGACACGAGUGGAGGUGGUGGCUGACCCUUACCUAGUCUCUAUCUGAGGACUCAAAGCCCAAGUAUACCUACAUCGAGGCUUGAGAUAAAGGGCAUUCAACAUACUCAUUUUUCUGUAUCCUAUAACAUGAAGGGGGAAAAAUCAUUUCAUGGAUUACUUAUUUCAUUCAUAACAUGUCCUGUAAACUUUACUGACAUUAUAUACUAAUAGCCUGUUUAAAUUGCACAGUGUAAGGCCAUGAAAUUAGUGAUUUGAAUAUCAAUAGAAGGUAAAUUGAGUGAAAGUUUGGCCUUCACUAAUAUACAUUGCUCAUGUACAGAAAUACAAGAAUUCGGGAGAAAAAAAGAAACUCCCAAUAAACUGUUUACAAGUUUACUUAAAUCUGAUAUUCAUUUGGGAAGAAUAUUUGUUUACAUGUCUAAAAACUCUCCUAUGUGCUCCAUUCCCAACCCGCCAUUUAUUUUGAAUCAUCUGAUAGAGAAACAAGAAUGGUAACAACACUAACAGUAGAUGGCUAGAGUUGUGGAUGUGAAGAACAGUAGAGAUUUCUAUUAAUUGCAUAUGAUCUUGGUGGGAGCAGAGCUAAUACCUCAGCCAACUUCACCAAAGUGGGUCAUCUCCCAGAAUAUUAUUUUGUUUCCAGUGAGCUAGAAGGUCCAGAGUAAA